CCUCGGUGCCCUGACAGUGUUCGUCCGCAGGGCGGCGCUUCAUCUGCACCGCAGAGUCUUGUGUGCAACAGUGAAACUCUUCCCCCGCUGACUGUGGAAACAGCAGUGAGGCGGCAGGUUGCCCUGUUCAUUAUGUCGGGCAGAAAGCCCCGGUCGGUGGCAAACCCUUUGGAGUCUGCGAUCACCACACCGAGUGAGAGGAUACUGAAAGAAUGCCACAGUUUGUAUGUCGACAACGAAAACGGCCUGGUGAUGAUCGCCAGCAGCCUAGGAGUCCGGCUCCUGCCUCCAAGAAAGAAGAUCAUUGUGAUGAUAAUGGGGAACCACUCUGCAGGGAAGAGCUCCUUCAUUAACUGGUAUGCUGAAGAGCACAUACAGAAAACAGGCGUCGCCAUUGAAACGCAGGGGUUUACAUUCAUCACAAGUGGCCGCAAAAGAGAAUCACUGACGGGAAAUGCAACGCUACACCUCUACCCUCACUUUCGACCUCUCCUUGAGUUCAAAGGUGUUACGGACUAUCUGUCUGCUGAGAUCUCCACCUCCAAGCAGAAGAAGUUCAGCCUGGUGACGUUUGUGGACACGCCGGGUUUAGUAGAUGGGGACAUGAUCUACCCGUUCGAUGUGAACAGUGCCAUCACCUGGUUGGGAGAACAGGCGGACCUGAUAUUUGUGUUCUUCGACCCGAUGGGUCAGGCGCUGUGCAAACGCACGCUCAACAUCGUGGAGAAGCUGAGUGAGAAAUGCGGAGACAAGCUCUUGUUCUACCUCAGCAAGGCUGAUGAAGCUGGGAAGGAAACAGACCGGCAAAGGGUGAUGAUGCAGAUAGUCCAGGAACUGUGUCGCCGUCCAGGUCUCAACAAAUGUGGUUUUGAGAUGCCCACAAUAUAUAUCCCCAACCCACAGAAGCCGAGCCGGUGUGUGAACCAGAUCGAUGGGGUGUGUCAGACCAUCGAGAAGACCAUCAACCAGGCCGUUCAGAAGACUUUGAAUCAGCUGGAGAAAGACUGUGACCUCAUUUGUUCCACUAUCAGCAGCAGACUAGAACAGGACAGGGCUGAUGUUUCUUACAACAGAAGCGUCCGUCUUCACUCAUUCCUGUGCGGUGCUUUGGGAGUUUUCCUUCCUCUCCUCUUUAUCCUCAGUUUCAUUGUGAACACCAUCUCCAAAGAGCAGCUGGAUGAGCUGUUGGGAGAAGGGCCGUCUCGAACUCUCUCUGUCUUCACAGCAGUAGUCAUGUAUUUAUGGGACUGGAUACCAGAAGAUGGACAAGUAGUGUUUGUGAUCUUUUUUGGGGCAUUUUGCUACCUCCUGCUGUUCCUAGCGAAGUAUUUUGCGGGCCGAGGGAAUAAGACUCUGACGAAGAAGGAGAAGAGGACCAUGGCAGAGUACAAUGACUAUAUCCAGGAUAUCGUCAAAACCAAGAAGGGUAAAUUGUAUGAAUGGUACCUCCAGCAAUGUGCAGCAGAAUAUGACUUCUGACCCCGAGGAAGCUGAACAUCUGUUAGCAUAUUGCUGAAAGAGCCAAGGAAGAUUUUUGUGCAAAGAUGCUCCUUGUCUACAAUGUAUCAUUUGGUGUUUUGCAGCGGGAGAAAGACGAUCAUCCACCAAAUGAUUUCCUGUUUUCUUAACCUCUAAUGCAGCAGAGAUAACUGCCAGCAUUGUCAUCUCAAGAGCUGUUCGAUGAUUCAAAAAUGUUAAAGUGCCUUUAUUGUUCGGUAUAGCUGAGAAACUGUGAUUGUAGUCAUUUGAUGGUAGCAAAUUUCAUAAUGUGAAUUCAUUUUUACAAUUUUUGUAGCACAUAACUGUUGAUGAGAGAAAGAAGUGAACUUAUUCUUAAUUUCUUCUUCAGAAGUAACUUGCAGCUGCUUUCUGACAGCAACAUGUUUUCAUGAUGUCCUCUCUGUUAAGCCUCAUUGUUCUCAUGUCCUCCCUCCUGAAGUUUGUCUUUGUAAGAUACCAGCAUGUGUUACAGGGAUUCUGACCAUUAGCAAAUAAGCGACGCAGUGAUAAUAAUACUCGGGCAUUUAUGAAAUACUUUCAUACCAAUAACUAAUGCCUAUAAGCUUUCUCCUGCCUCCAAAGAGUUUGUCCUACCAUUUUGUUUUGUCGUGUAAUUUGUGAAACCAUCAAUUUGUGUAUAGAUAGAUUAUCAUCAUAUGAUGGCAUUUACAUAAACCACAGUCAAGAUAGUUGUAAAAAUGGUUCAAGUACUUUAAUACAGCAGUAUAGUAAAACUGGUGAGCAAUGAAGUCUGACACUGCACUGAUGUUUCUCCUGAUUUUGUUAAUGAUCCGUUUAACUCAAAUCUGGUUUUAUGACAGUAACACCAUGUAAUGCCUUCACUCCAGUAUUUGUAGAUAUAUUUAUUAGUCUCAACAGGUGUCUUUGAGGUGCUUUUUUUUUUUUUUUUACAGGGGAUGCACCGAUCCAAUACACCAGAUCGGGAUCAGGACCUUUUUAAGUGGAUCGGUUAACGCAGUUCAGGCAUCAGUCCAAAAAUAUACUUUCUUUCUCAGUGUGAUUAUAAAAUUCAGUCUUUCCUCAAUUAGCUACAUUAAUUCAGUCACGGUGGGUUUGCAGUUCUUUCAUAAAAUGAUCCACUCGGUGAAGUUUACAGAUUUUAAAUUUGGGAAAAGAAGAACACUUGGAUGGGUUGUUGGUAUCAGCAGAUACACUGAUUUGAGGUAUCGCAGUAGAUAUUGGCAGAGAAAAUGUCAAAUCGGUGCAUCCCUACUUUUUACCCCAAAUAAAGUAGAAAACCUCUUCGGGCUGUUUGCAAUAUUAUUGUGAACAUUGUCAGGUUAUAUUGUGUGUGUGAGUUAGAUGCCUCCUCAUUAGGACAUUUCUUUCUUUUUUUUUUAUGAGAUAGUUCAUUUAUAAAUUUGUGAAAUGUAUGUGUGAAUUUAUCUAUUUUUAUUGUAUGAAAUCAAAAAGCCUCUUUGUCUAGAAACAUUUUUUUUUUAGUAAUCUCGACUCAAAGAAUGAAACCAGUCAGAAACAAGCAAACUAUGCUGUGUCACUUCCUUGAAAAUCAUUAAACAUUUUCUACUGA